AUGACGAAAACUGACGCCCUCCGCCGCUUUUUCUUCCCCUGCUUCCACCAUACCCGCACCGCCCCUACCCCGCCGUCCUCCUCCUCCGCCGCCGCGUCCAAGAAACGCCUCAGCACCUCCCUCCGCGACGACCUCGACUCCUCCGCCGCCGCCGCGAAGAAGCGCGCCGCCGAACCCGACCGCCCCCUCCCCGCCGCCGGCCGGGAGCCCCCAUCCCCCUCCUCCUCAUCCUCAUCCUCCUCCUCGCCCGCCGCCCACCCGUCCGCCUCUGCCGCCGCGUACUCCCACCCGCGCUCCUCCCGUACGAUGGGCAUCGGCACCAUCUUCGGCCACCGGCGCGGCGGCCACGUCUGGUUCUGCAUCCAGCUGGACCGCCUCUCGACCCGUCCGACCCUCCUCCUCGAGCUCUCCAUCCCCACGUCGGCCCUCAUCCAGGAGAUGCAGUGCGGGCUGGUCAGAAUCGCCCUCGAGUUCAACUCGGCCGAGUCAUCCGAGUCCGAGCUGAGCCGCUGCCACCUUCACUCCGUCCCUGUCUGGACCCUCUUCUGCAACGGCCGGAAACUCGGGUUUGCCGUCCGGAGAAAGGCAACCCGGCAGAUCCGUCUGAUGCUCCGCACAAUGCAGAACAUCACUGUUGGGGCAGGCGUGCUCCCGGUCGGGCUCGAGCCCGGCCCGGAAAUCAUGUAUAUGCGAGCUAAUUACGAGUGUGUUGUGGGGAGUGCUGACUCGGAAUCUUUUCAUUUGAUCAACCCAGAUGGAGGGCCGAGUCAGGAACUCAGUGUUUUCUUGAUGAGAACAAGGUGA